AUGGCCGAAUCAUCAGUGCCCGAGUUAAGGGAGAUCAAAAAACCAGCACAUCUUAAGGUUUCGGAUUUGUACGUUAUACCACUGUUGAGGAUGCUUCCUGGGGCUAAGCGAUCAAUGAAUAACAGAACCAACGAAUU